AUGGCAUCAACACUAUUCUCUUCACUUAUAAACAGAACCCAAAAUCUGGCAGCAAAUGCAAUCACGAGAAGAUCAUACAGCAAAAAAGUAACAACUCAAAGGAACAACCUUUAUUCAAGAAUCAGUCCACUUGGUGACCCGAGUAUCAGUUUGGCUCCAGUGCUUGAUCAGUGGGUUGAAGAGGGCAAAAAAGUUAAAGACUUUGAGCUUCGAUCAAUUGUUAAAGGCCUUCGUGCACGCAAACGAUUUACACAAGCUCUUGAGGUUUCUCGGUGGAUGAGUAGCAACAGCACUUUCUCACCAUCUGACCAUGCUGUGCGGAUGGAUCUGAUUGAUAAACUUCAUGGGCUGGAAUCUGCUGAGAGCUACUUCAAUAACUUGGAUGAAAAGGACAAAAUUGACAAAACAUAUGGUGCUCUAUUGUUUUGUUAUACAAGAAGUGGUCUUGUUGACAAGUCCCUUUCCCAUAUGCAGAAGAUGAAGGAGUUGGGUUUUGCUUCCACUGUUCUCAACUACAAUGACCUCAUGUGCCUCUACCUGAACACUGGCCAGCUAGAGAAAGUUCCUGAUGUGUUUUCAGAUAUGAAGGAGAAUGGUAUUCUCCCUGACCUUUUCAGCUACAGAAUUUGCUUGAAAUCUUACUGGGAAAGAUCUGAUAUUGAUAAUGUUGAGAAAAUUCUACGAGAAAUGGAGAGCCAGUCGCUUAUCUCAAUGGAUUGGACGACAUAUGCUACAGUAGCCAACAUCUACAUAGAAGCAGGUCUGAAAGAAAAAGCACUUGUCUACUUGAAAAAUUGUGAACAGAAUGUUAAUAAAAAUGCACUAGGCUACAAUCAUUUAAUUUCGCUCUAUGCAAGUCUUGGGAACAAGGAUGAGAUGAUGAGGUUGUGGGGGCUUGCAAAAGCCAACUGUAAGAAGCAACUCAAUAGAGAUUAUAUAACCAUUUUAGGAUGUCUAGUCAGGCUUGGUCACCUUGAAGAAGCUGAGAAAUUGCUGCAGGACUGGGAAUCAUCUUGCCAAUAUUAUGAUUUUCGAGUUCCAAAUGUUCUCCUCAUUGGGUAUUCUCAGACAGGUUUAGUGGAAAAAGCUGAAACAAUGCUUCACGGCAUAUUAGAAAAACAAAAGAUGAAAAAUCCUAAUAGUUGGGCUAUUAUUGCAGCAGGUUAUAUGGAUAAGCAGGAUAUGAAAAAGGUUUUUGAAUGCGUGAAAGAAGCUCUGGCUGCUGCUGCAGAGACAGAAAAUAAGGCGUGGAGACCCAAACCUACACUGGUUUCUAGCAUAUUGAAUUGGCUUGGUGAUAAUGGGGAUGCUGAAGAAGUAGAAGCAUUUGUGUGCUUGUUGGAGACUAAGAUCCCAAAAAGUAGGGAAAUGUAUCAUUCGCUAAUCAAGGCAUGUAUCAGAUGUGGGAAAGAAGUGGAUGGACUCUUGGAGAACAUGAAAACUGACAAGAUAGAUGAAGAUGAGGAAACAAAGACAAUUCUUAGUUCAAGACAGCCAGAAUAA